GUUUUAUUUUUUUUCAGACGCGUUGUCUGUCUGACUAUUGUGUUUCUGGUGGUUUGUAUUCUUCACCUUUCUUUCUCAUUCUCUCUGAAGCCCGGCGAUUUGCAUACCCCUCCUCUUUCUCCUCAGUGUCUGAGAAGAUCCUCCCUCAGAGCGGUUCAAAUGCAGUCCUACUGACUAACCCAAGCAGACAGACUUACUUACACAUGCUGCAUAGCGAUCAUAUUCAAAGCAAGCAAGACGACUCGGCGCUGGCAGAGGAAAGGGCUCAAACACUCCCGACUGGAUCGUCUCACACAGCAAUACUCCAACACAGUGUGGGGAUACCGGGAAAAAAGGAACAUACAGCACAGUGUUGCGAGUGGUCAAACUUUGAUGGAACAUGAGCACAGCAUCACACACUACAAGGAAACGUAAAGGAUAAAGACGCGUCCACUCGCGCUUCACCGCGGACGCACGGGCAUCGGGGAUCGAUUCAGAGCGCUCCAGCUUUGUGAACACCGUGGUUGUUGUACUGAAAUGGCAUGGUCGGAUAAUAAAGGAUUGUUCUAAACCAUGUGCUUACUAUAAAUUUGACUCAAUGAAAAUGUCAGUCUGCAUUCACGAGAACCGCAAGUCCCGUUCCAGUACGGGCUCCUUGAACGUCUACCUCUUCCACAAGUCUUCGUACGCGGAUAGCGUCCUGACGCACCUCAAUGCCCUGAGGCAGCAGAGGCUCUUUACCGAUGUCCUGCUGCAUGCGGGGAACCGUUCCUUCCCCUGCCACCGGGCGGUGCUGGCUGCUUGCAGCCGAUACUUUGAGGCCAUGUUCAGCGGGGGUCUGCGGGAGAGCCAAGCCAGCGAGGUGAACUUCCAUGACUCCAUCCACCCCGAGGUGCUGGAGCUGCUGCUGGACUACGCCUACUCCUCGCGGGUCAUUAUCAACGAGGACAACGCAGAGUCGCUCCUGGAGGCUGGAGACAUGCUGCAGUUCCAGGACAUCCGGGACGCCUGUGCAGAGUUCCUGGAGAAGAACCUGCAUCCCACCAACUGCCUGGGCAUGCUGCUCUUCUCGGAUGCCCAUCAGUGCAGCAGGCUGUUCGAGCUCUCCUGGGGGAUGUGCCUGAGCAACUUCCCAGCCAUCAGCAAGUCUGAGGACUUCCUACAGCUGCCCAAAGACAUGCUGGUGCAGCUGCUCUCCAACGAGGAGCUGGAGACGGAGGACGAAAGGGUUGUUUACGAUUCUGCCCUCAACUGGGUGAACUACGACCUGAAGAAGAGGCACUGCUACCUCCCAGAGCUGCUGCGCACAGUCAGGCUGGCCCUCCUACCUGCCAUCUUUCUGAUGGAGAAUGUCUCUACAGAGGAGCUCAUCAACAAGCAGGCCCAGAGCAAGGCGCUGGUGGAGGAGGCUAUCCUCUGUAAGCUAAAAAUCUUGCAGAACGACGGGGUGGUCACUAGCUUGUGUGCCCGUCCCCGCAAGACCAGUCAUGCCCUCUUCCUGUUGGGAGGCCAGACGUUCAUGUGUGACAAGCUCUACCUGGUGGACCAGAAAGCAAAAGAGAUCAUCCCCAAGACAGACAUCCCCAGCCCUCGCAAGGAGUUCAGUGCCUGUGCUAUUGAGUGCAAGGUCUACAUCACUGGGGGCCGGGGCUCAGAAAAUGGGGUGUCCAAAGAUGUUUGGGUCUACGACACCCUGCAUGAGGAAUGGUCCAAGGCAGCCCCCAUGCUUAUCGCCAGGUUUGGCCAUGGCUCUGCAGAGCUUAAGCACUGUCUGUAUGUAGUAGGUGGGCACACGGCAGCCACAGGGUGUCUCCCAGCAUCUCCAUCAGUGUCCCUCAAGCAGGUCGAACAGUACGACCCAGGCACCAAUAAGUGGACCAUAGUGGCCCCUCUCAGGGAAGGGGUGAGCAACGCAGCUGUGGUCAGCGUCAAACUGAAGCUGUUUGCCUUCGGGGGCACCAGUGUCAGUCAUGACAAGCUCCCCAAAGUGCAGUGCUAUGAUCCACUGGAGAACAGAUGGACAGUGCCAGCCACCUGCCCACAGCCCUGGCGAUACACAGCUGCAGCUGUGCUUGGUAACCAGAUUUUUGUCAUAGGAGGUGAUACAGAAUUCUCGGCAUGCUCAGCCUACAAGUUCAACAGCGAGACCUACCAGUGGACUAAAGUAGGGGACGUUACAGCAAAGCGCAUGAGCUGUCAGGCUGUGGCUUCUGGAAACAAACUGUAUGUAGUCGGGGGCUAUUUUGGCACACAGAGAUGCAAAACACUGGACUGUUAUGACCCCACACAGGACACCUGGAACAGCCUAACUACAGUGCCCUAUUCACUCAUUCCGACAGCGUUUGUCAGUACCUGGAAGCACCUUCCAGCUUAGAAGUGAAGCUUCAAAACAGCAGGGAUAAUGCUGUUCUUGCAAAAAAUCUAAUGGAUAUCUACUGUGAAGAAGUCAACUUUUUACCACAUGGCAUGAAGGAUAAAAGGGAUGGGGAUGGGGAUGGGGAUGGGGGGAUCAUGGGCGGGAGACUUUUUGAUGAAAAUGAUGUCUACCCUCGCAAUGUCUGCACCACAAGCUGGUCAUGAAGGACCAGCCUCCUGUUCUGUGCGUUUAGGGACAUCAAUGUUGUUUAAAAAUGAAACAAUGAAGCUGUGUGCUCCAGACAAGCUUCUGUAAUCAAGGAUUACUGUCAAUGUUAAUCAGCCCUCACAAAGGAAAAGAAAAGCACAGGGGUUUACAUGUUCAUAGAAAUGUUCAUUGACUUAACUCCGCCAUUUGUGUGUGAAAUUUGAAAUGUUUGUCACCUCACGACAUGACAUGUUGAAGUGCCAACACCAGCUGUGGAGGAAAUCGGGCAGUUCUGAAGCCCUGCAAUGUCAAUUUGAGUAAAUAUACGAUUGGGGUUUUUGCAGCCUACUAACAGAGGUCUAGUUGUAGGCUGAACCUGGGGUGUUAUUUAGCCUGCCUUUGUUAUCUGAGCAGCCUGAAAUGCAAAACCAGCAAGAGAAGAUGAGAAUCUGGGACUAUAACUGAAUCUGGAUAAUAUUAUUAAUAAUAAUAAUAAUAAUAAUAAUAAUAAUAAUAAUAAUAAUAAUAGUGAUAAGAAAUAUUUCUACAGUGAAAAUGCUAGUAUGCAAAUACUGGCCUUAAAUAUAUGUUAUAAUUUAUGAAGAAUGUUGUUGCUGUUGUUGUUGUAAAGAUACAUAUUUGAUGUCCUCUGCUCAGCUACUAGGUAUUUAUUGUUCUGCUGCUCGUAUGCUUAUGGAUGUUUUUGUUUUGUUCCAUGCAUGGCCCCUUCUGUUUGACUGGGCUCUCAUUUUGCACAGUUUGUUUACUUGGCGCUUUAAACUGUAUUCUUCUUUUUGAACUCCCCCCCCACCCGUCCCCCCCGCCACAUUCUAGGAGAGCAGUCCGAGGAGGUGUGGGUUGUUGGGGUGUCUCAGGAAUCGGCUGGUUGGAAAUGGAAGGAUUAUAAGGCCAGGAGCUGAAGUUACACAAAACGUGCUAAGCUGAAGGUAAAGGCGAUGAGGUCACAGACAGUCAGGUUACACAGUUGUCUAAAAGGGGGUUAAUGAGAGGUGGGUGAGCUCUGAAAUAUGAUACAGGUCUUCUGGCAAGUUAUUUAUUAGUUAUUUCUAUUGGAUGCUGAACCCAUUUAAAGUAUAAAUUGUGUGGCAUGGGCCGCUAUGCCGUGGUUGCGGCUGUUCUAAUGUCUGCUUUGAAAAUGGAUGGAACAAGAGAUGCAACACUUGCUUUCAAGUUAGCUAAUUCUGUCACUAAAUUGUAUUUAUUUUGCUUUUUGCACCCCAGCCUUUCCGAAUCUUAUGUUAGAAAUCCUUGUUUGACUUUCUUUUUCUGUUCAUUCUGUUUCAUAUCUGAAACUUGUACUACAAGUUUCUUUUUCAAACUCACCCAUAUCACGCAAAAAUGCUGAGGCUAAGGUUGCAAAUUCUCAUAACCUAAUGGGUCUGACCUUGGUCUACUGUAGUUUCUGCCUAGGACAAAAAAGAGAGUGUAUUUAAACCAAAACAGUUUUAUGAGAUUUGAUAUUCCUAAAAGCCCUGAAUUGAAUUUCUUGCAUGAUUGGAAAACGAUAGAUAACAUGUUACAGCUGCUUUUCUUUUUAGAAACAUCCCCCACCUUUUAUCCCAAAACAAUUCACAGCACACUUCACUCCAAAACCAGCAGACAAGGAGGUUCCUCCCAUUUUCUCUGCGAAUUGCCGUAGAAACACAUUACAAAGAGCAGGCUUCUAUUUCUAGUGUGUUUGUGUGUGUCCUUUUCAGUGGGUCUGAAUAAGAGAUGAAUCAUUUCCCUGCUUUGACUCAGUUACAUGUGUGCAUUUAGCAAUAUGCUGGUGUACAAAUAAUAAUGCGCUGAUGGUUUUUUUUUUUUUUUUUUUUCAUUGUUGUGACUUUUAUAAUUUUACAUUUU